UAGCGAUGGCCAGCUACAACUGAGUCAACUGUCAGUUCGUAUUGUUUGUCAAACUUUCGAUUAUUCUCUCUGUUUUGCUAUGUUUAUGCUCAUCGAUAGUUAUAUUUUUAUUUUACUUCGUUAUGUAAUUUCUCCAAGCUUUCAGCUGCAAUAGUUCAGUUUAUUGACCUUGCAAUUGUACACGCACACGUAUAUAUGCGAUUGGCAAGUGCUAGGUUAGAUUUAACAGUACCAUUAGCUAUCAUGAGUCAAUGUGUAAUUAAUACAGUGUUUGCAGUACAGUUUGUGUAAACAAGUUGACAGUCUUGUGGAUGAUGUCAUUUAGAGAAUGCUGUUUUACGUUCGCCAGUUGCACAUCUUUGCGAUCGUUUAUUCGGUAUCGUGUUCCAUUGUUUAGAAAAGCAUUCUCGUUCGCGGCCAACGUUUUUUUCACUUAGCGAAGACUGUUGAAUAAUUAAAAUCAAUUGAAGACAAAUUUUGCUGAUUUUGCUAAGGGAGGAUUAAAUAACAGUCAAGAAUUACAACGGCAACGCUGAAAAUAAUUACAGUAGCAAUCAUGUAUAGUAAACAACGAAACCUUAAGCAGACAAAAAAUGAUCGGAAAAACAGCUAUUUUCUGCCACCAUCUAGACCAGUAAUCCCAGAAUAUCCAAUACCUAAAGAUUUAAUACCUGUAGUAAUAAACAAUUUGAAACCAUUCGUUGGUAUGACUGACAAAAAUGUGCAAUUCAUGCAAAUAUUAAAGCAGAUACAAAACAAUGAGGGUAUAGAAUUGAAAGUUUCAAACUAUCUAAAACUUUUCAAACUCAUGCUUUAUGUUGAAGAAAUUCAAAAUAAUUUAGACAUGAAAAGAUAUGAUCUACACAAAAAAAAAAUUACAAGAUUAAUGGAUAGUUCUAAGCAUUUCAAAAUUAAUGUUGAAGAACUAAUAGAAGAACUACCAUCUAUAAGACCUGAUGUACUGGAAAUCUGUGAUUUGCAAACAAAGCUUCUUUAUCGGUUUGAUGUUACUAAUGUUAUGGAUGAUCAUAUAAUUGCUAUUGCUACAAAAAAGUUCUGUACAGCAUAUAGUUCAGAAAAAUUCUAUGACAUCAGAUUUAUAUUUCAUAAUUAUCCAAUCAGGUGUUGUCAUUAUACUUUGUGCUUAAUUAAUUUGUAUGAAUUAACUCCAUUAUUUUUUCCAAUUAAACAUUCUACAUUUAUUGAAGAGGGUAGCAAUAUAUUUUGGUAUAAUAAGAAUAUAGAAAGUAAUCCAGAGCAAAAGCAGGCUGUGCUAAACAUAAAAUCCAAAUCAUCUCAACCUUAUCCCUACAUUUUGUAUGGACCUCCAGGUACUGGUAAAACUUCUACCAUAGUCGAAGCCAUUUGUCAGAUUUGGCAAGCUAAUCCAUCUGACAACAUUCUGGUAUGUACACCAUCUAAUACUGCAGCAGAUGUUAUAACCAAAAAAUUAUUAGCUUAUAAAGAUUACAUUCCUGAAAGGGAUUUAUAUAGAAUGUACAGUGUAUCCAAUGAAGGAUCGAAAAUUGAUGAAGAAAUUUUAGGAUGCUCUAAUUUUAUUGAAGGACAAGUUAUGAUGUUACCAAAAGAACUAAUUAAAAAUAAAAAAAUUGUCAUUACUACGUUAUGUACAUGUAUGAGAUUGCUAUUCCUCAACUUUAAAGAAAAACACUUUUCUUAUGUGUUCAUUGAUGAAGCUGGACAAGCAACUGAACCAGAGGCAUUGAUACCUUUUAAUUUAUUGAGUAGCAUAAAAGAGGGACGAAUUGGAAGACUACAUAGUCAAGUAAUUAUUGCAGGUGAUCCUUAUCAAUUAGGUCCUGGAAUACAAUCAAAACUUGCUGAAUCUAUAUUAGGACGCUCGAUGUUAGAAAGACUUAUGGAUUGUGAGCCUUACAAAAGAAAUGAGCAUGGUCAAUAUCAUCCAGGUUACAUUACGAAAUUACUUCAAAAUUAUAGAAGUCAUCCAGAAAUUAUCAAAGUAUCAAAUGAAAUUUUUUAUGAAUCUGAAUUAAAAGCUUGUGGAAACGACAAUAUAUAUAAAGCUAUAGACUGGCCAUAUCUUGUUAACAAAAAAUUUCCAAUCAUUUUCCAUAAUGUAGAAGGAACUGAAGUAAAAGCUAAUAGAUCUACCAGCUCUUAUAAUAUCGAAGAAAUAAAGGUUGUGAGGUAUUAUGUGAAACAUUUAAUGAGAAAUCCUAUGAAGAAACCAUUGCCUGAAAAUGAAAUUGGUAUUGUAACUCCUUUUACCGCACAAAAGCUCAAAAUUAAAAGAGUUCUUCAAGAAGAUAAUUACCUCAACGUGGACGUCGGAACAGUUGAGUUAUUUCAAGGUCAAGAAAAAGAUGUAAUUAUUUUAUCUACAGUGAGAAGUAAGACGUUUAAACACGAUGAUGAGAAACACAUAGGAUUUCUGUCAAACCCAAAGAGAUUUAAUGUUGCGCUAACGAGAACAAAAGCACUUUUGAUAGUUGUGGGAAAUCAAAAGGUACUCCAGAUUGAUAAAAAUUGGAAAUAUUUUCUUCAAUUUUGCAAAAACAACAAUGCAUGUCGCGGUAAUCCCUUCGAUAUAAAAAACGAUUCUCGUGGAGAAUGCGGCAAGCCACAUAAACAGCCGAAAAUUGUUGUACCAUCUGUUUUGGAUAAUUUCAGUACCAUCGAUGUCGUCGACCUUGAUGAUGGUGUAGAAGUAAGUCCUCCAGAAAGCGUUGUAGACGAGAACGAGUAUCCGAAAUCAGUUCGUAAACAAUCAUCUUUUAAAACAUUCAACGGUUGCCCACAAGCUAUUGCUCCUCGUACGAAAGUUAAAUUGAGUGACAUUCAGAUCAAAAGCAUGGCUGAUAUAAAAUUAGAGAAACAGGCUAUGAAAAAAGAAAAGAGAAAAAAGAAAAAACAACACAUGAGCGAAGAAUUGACAAAAUAAUCAUUACUUAAUUGUAGGUUUCACUUUGUGAAAUUUUAGUUGAUGUAAUAAAGUAAACCAGUGGUACCUGAAUAUUUGAAUUAGGUGCUUUUUGGUUUAUAAAUGUAUUGUUCAUGUCUUAUAGAGUAUACUUAUUAUUAUACUAACUUGUGAAAUUAUAUUAAUAAAUGAAUAAUUUUUU